AAAUAUCUCUCCAAAACACUCAGUGAACUUCAUCUAUAAAUGCACUAGUCCGAAGAACGCAAGGAAAACCAAGGAAAAGCAAUCAUCAGUUCAUCACUGUCUUCAAUGGGUGAAGAGAAAGGAGUUGUGUUGUUGGAUUUCUGGGUGAGUCCUUUUGGGCAAAGAGUAAGGAUAGCUUUGGCGGAGAAAGGGGUGGAUUACGAGUACAAGGAGGAACAGGAUCUUGUGAACACGAAGAGUGAGCUCUUAUUGAAAUCCAACCCUGUUUAUAAAAAGGUCCCAGUGUUAUUACACGAUGGCAAACCCAUUUGUGAGUCACUCAUCAUUGUUCAGUAUAUUGAUGAGGUUUGGUCCGAUAAGACUCCGUUGCUCCCUGCCGAGCCUUUGGCACGCGCAAACGCUCGUUUUUGGGCUGAUUUCAUCGACAAGAAGGUUUAUGAGUGUGGAACUAGAUUGUGGAAACUAAAGGGAGAGGAACAAGAGGCAGCCAAGGAGGAGUUCGUAGAGAUCUUUAAAUUAUUGCAGGGUGAGCUUGGUGACAGGAAGUUCUUUGGAGGUGAGACUUUUGGGUUCCUUGAUCUGGCUUUAGUACCUUUUGUUGCAUGGUUCUAUGCUUAUGAGACCGUUGCCAAGUUCAGCAUGGAUGAGGAGUGCCCUAAGAUUGUGGCGUGGGCUAAGAGGUGCAUAGAAAGGGAGAGUGUCUCCAAGACUCUUUCUGACCCUAAUAAAGUUUAUGAUUUUGUUCUCGUUUUGAAGAAGAAAUUUGGGUUGGAAUAUUAAUAGAUGCUUUCUAACCCCUUUUAUUGUUAGUCUGUGUUUUUGGGAUGUGAUCUUAUAAUGAUAUUGUGAGAUGAUUAGUGUUUGUUUAGGAUGCUUAGUUUUAGAAUGAAUAAUCGGUUGGGUUUGGCUAGUGGUGAUUGGAGUUGGCAAUUCAUGUUGCUUCUUAUCCAUUUCCAUGAUGUAUAUGUUGUGUUUUAUUUUGUUUGUUAUGAGAAUAAAGUUUUAGUAAUUUUA